CACGAUACUGAGGUUCCUCCGACGCCGCUGUUCUCCCUCAGCCCGUGCCACUUGGACAUAUCGCUGCUUGUAGUAGGUGGAGGAUAUUUUCGUGAAGAGAAGCGCGACGUGCAUCUCCUCUGGAGCGGAGAGCUUGGAAAUGCCCCAGUGGAUGAUCUAAAGGUGUGAACAUAGGCAAACGUCCAAGGCUGUCUUUCUCUCAGCAAUAAGGUAAGACAGUAUGCAGCCGCCCUUCAAGAUGGUGGUGCUGUCGCUGAAGAUCUGCGUUCGCCAUUGUAACGUGGUGAAGACUAUGCAGUUUGAACCCUCUACAGCUGUGUAUGAUGCAUGUCGAAUUAUCAGAGAGAGGGUCCCCGAAGCACAAACUGGACAGGCUUCAGAUUAUGGCCUGUUCUUGUCCGAUGAAGACCCCAGGAAAGGCAUCUGGCUGGAGUCUGGCAGAACACUGGACUAUUACAUGCUCCGAAAUGGGGACAUCCUUGAAUAUAAGAAGAAGCAGAGGCCACAAAAAAUCAAAAUGUUGGACGGAGCAGUUAAAACUGUAAUGGUGGAUGACUCCAAGACUGUAGGAGAACUACUUGUGACAAUUUGCAGCAGAAUAGGCAUCACAAAUUAUGAAGAAUAUUCAUUGAUCCAGGAAACAGUUGAGGAGAAGAAGGAGGAUGGUAUGGGAACUCUAAAGAAGGACAGGACUCUGCUGCGUGAUGAGAGGAAAAUGGAGAAGCUCAAAGCCAAACUUCACACAGAUGACGACUUGAACUGGCUGGACCACAGUAGAACAUUCAGAGAGCAGGGCGUUGAUGAGAGUGAAACACUUUUGCUUCGCCGUAAAUUCUUCUACUCAGAUCAGAAUGUUGACUCGCGAGAUCCUGUUCAGCUUAAUCUCCUCUAUGUCCAGGCUCGAGAUGACAUUCUGAAUGGUUCUCAUCCUGUAUCGUUCGAUAAGGCCUGUGAGUUCGGAGGCAUUCAGGCCCAAAUACAGUUCGGACCUCACAUUGAGCACAAACACAAACCUGGAUUCCUGGACUUGAAGGAAUUUUUACCCAAAGAAUACAUAAAGCAAAGAGGAGCUGAGAAAAAAAUCUUUCAGGAACACAAAAAUUGUGGAGAAAUGACUGAGAUCGAAGCUAAAGUGAAAUAUGUGAAACUAGCACGCUCUCUACGCACAUACGGAGUGUCCUUCUUCUUGGUUAAGGAAAAGAUGAAGAGCAAAAACAAGCUGGUGCCUCGGCUGCUGGGCAUUACCAAAGAGUCAGUGAUGAGAGUGGAUGAAAAGACCAAAGAUGUGGUUCAGGAGUGGCCUCUUACAACUGUCAAGAGAUGGGCAGCAUCACCUAAAAGCUUCACUCUGGACUUUGGAGAGUAUCAGGAAAGCUACUACUCUGUGCAGACCACUGAGGGGGAACAGAUUUCUCAACUUAUUGCUGGUUACAUAGACAUUAUUCUCAAAAAGAAGCAAAGUAAGGACCGCUUUGGGUUGGAAGGAGAUGAGGAGUCAACCAUGCUGGAGGAGUCUGUGUCCCCUAAAAAGUCCACCAUCCUUCAGCAGCAGUUUAACCGCGUGGGUCGAGCGGAGCAUGGGUCUGUGGCACUGCCGGGGGUCAUCCGCUCUGGCUCCAUUGGCACAGAGUCCCUCAGUGUGGGCACCAUGCCGUCAGCUCAGCAGCAGAUCACUAUGGGCCAGAUGCACCGGGGUCAUAUGCCUCCACUGAGUUCGGCUCAGCAGGCUCUAAUGGGAACCAUCAAUACCAGUAUGCAAGCUGUGCAAAAGGCCCAGAUUGAUCUUGGAGAAGUGGACAACCUGCCUCCACUUGGACAGGACAUGGCCUCUAAAGUGUGGAUACAAAACAAGAUGGAUGAGUCAAAACAUGAGAUCCACUCUCAGGUGGAUGCCAUCACUGCCGGAACAGCGUCAGUGGUCAACCUCACAGCAGGUGAUCCAACAGACACUGAUUACACUGCAGUGGGCUGUGCCAUCACCACGAUCUCGUCCAACCUGACCGAAAUGUCAAAGGGUGUGAAGCUGCUGGCUGCUCUAAUGGAGGAUGAAGUGGGUGGUGGUAACGACCUGAUGAAGGCUGCCAGGACAUUAGCUGGUGCAGUGUCUGACCUGCUAAAGGCUGUGGAGCCUGCUUCUGGAGAGCCAAGACAAACUGUGCUAACAGCAGCAGGCAGCAUUGGUCAGGCCAGCGGAGAUCUUCUUCGGCAGAUUGGAGAAAAUGAGACAGACGAGAGGUUCCAGGAUGUCCUGAUGAAUCUGGCAAAAGCUGUGGCUAAUGCUGCCGCAAUGUUGGUGCUUAAAGCUAAAAACGUGGCUCAGGUUGCAGAGGACACUGUGCUUCAGAACAGAGUUAUUGCUGCAGCUACACAAUGUGCCCUCUCCACCUCUCAGCUGGUCGCAUGUGCAAAGGUUGUAAGCCCCACCAUCAGUUCCCCAGUUUGCCAGGAGCAGCUUAUUGAAGCUGGGAAGUUGGUGGACCGAUCAGUGGAAAGCUGUGUCCAAGCUUGUCUCUCAGCCACAGAAGACGGUGAACUCCUCAAACAGGUGAGUGCGGCAGCUGGUGUGGUCAGUCACUCUCUGGCAGAUCUUCUGCAGCAUGUGCGUCAGUACACGUCCAGAGGAGAGCCCAUUGGCCGAUAUGACCAGGCCACAGACACCAUCAUGUCUGUUACAGAGAACAUCUUCAGCUCAAUGGGAGAUGCAGGUGAAAUGGUGCGGCAGGCCCGUGUCUUGGCUCAGGCCACGUCAGACCUGGUCAAUGCGAUGAGGUCUGAUGCAGAGGCUGAGGUGGACGUGGAUAACUCAAAGAAGCUGCUGGCUGCUGCUAAACUACUGGCUGACGCAACUGCACGGAUGGUGGAAGCUGCAAAAGGGGCAGCAGCCUAUCCAGAGAAUGAAGACCAACAGCAAAGGCUGAGGGAAGCUGCUGAAGGGCUGCGUGUUGCUACUAAUGCCGCUGCACAGAAUGCCAUCAAGAAAAAACUUAUUAACAGGCUUGAGAAUGCAGCAAAGCAAGCAGCCGCCGCAGCCACACAGACCAUCGCUGCUGCUCAAAAUGCAGCGGCCUCCAACAAGAAUACUGCAGCCCACCAACAGCUAGUGCAGAGCUGUAAGGCUGUUGCAGAUCACAUCCCACAGCUGGUUCAAGGUGUGCGUGGAAGUCAGGCUAAACCAGAAGACCUUAGUUCUCAACUGGCCCUCAUCAUUGCCAGUCAAAACUUCCUACAGCCUGGAAGUAAGAUGGUGACUUCAGCCAAGUCCUCUGUUCCCACGGUGACGGAUCAGGCUGCAGCCAUGCAACUGGGUCAGUGUGCCAAGAACCUUGCUACCUGCUUGGCAGAACUAAGGACAUUCAAACUACAGGCCCAUGAAGCCUGUGGUCCUAUGGAGAUCGACUCAGCUCUAGAUGCUAUUCAGACUCUGCAUAGUGAGCUACAAGAUGCUAAAGUGGCCUGCAGUAGUGACCAGCUCAAGCCACUCCCUGGUGAAUCGUUGGAGAAAUGUGCUCAGGAUCUGGGCAGCACCUCAAAGUCAGUUGGAUCUUCUAUGGCUCAGCUGCUGACCUGUGCAGCUCAAGGAAAUGAACAUUACACUGGCAUAGCCGCCAGAGAGACUGCUCAGGCCUUGAAGACACUUGCACAAGCAGCCCGUGGUGUAGCUGCUUCUACUACAGACCCGAAGGCCGCGGUUGCCAUGUUGGAUUCUGCUCGAGACGUUAUGGAGGGUUCAGCACUCCUCAUCCAGGAAGCCAAGGAGGCACUUAUUUCACCUGGAGAUGCAGAGAGUCAGCAGCGCCUAGCUCAGGUGGCCAAAGCUGUUUCACACUCCCUGAACAAUUGUGUUAACUGCCUGCCUGGUCAGAAAGAUGUAGACAUGGCUCUCAAAAGCAUUGGUGAAGCUAGCAAGAAAUUGCUGAUAGAAACUAUACCACCAGCUUCCAAGUCCUUCCAGGAGGCCCAGAGUGAGUUGAACCAGACGGCAGCAGACCUGAACCAGUCGGCUGGGGAGGUAGUGUAUGCCUCCAGAGGCUCUAGCAGCCAACUGGCUGAGGCAUCCGGAAAGUUUAGUCAAGACUUUGAUGAGUUCUUGGACGCGGGCAUUGAGAUGGCUGGCCACACUCAGAAAAAAGAUGACCAGGUACAAGUGAUUGGAAACUUAAAGAACAUCUCCAUGGCAUCUAGCAAGCUGCUUCUGGCUGCUAAAAGUCUGUCUGUGGAUCCUGCAGCAGCAAAUGCCAAGAAUCUUUUGGCAGCUGCAGCAAGAGCAGUCACUGAUAGCAUUAACCAGUUGAUUACACUGUGCACUCAACAGGCUCCUGGGCAAAAGGAGUGUGACAAUGCUUUAAGAGAGUUGGAGGCUGUCAAGGGAAUGCUGGACAACCCUAAUGAGCCAGUCAGUGACCUGUCCUACUUUGACUGCAUUGAAAGUGUCAUGGAGAACUCAAAGGUCCUGGGAGAGUCGAUGGCGGGUAUCUCUCAAAACUGCAAGACUGGAGAUGUGCUUUCUUUUGGAGACUGUGUAGGAUCAGCCUCAAAGGCGCUUUGUGGCCUGACUGAAGCGGCGGGACAGGCGUCAUACCUUGUUGGUGUGUCUGAUCCCAACAGUCAAGCAGGGCAUCAAGGCCUUGUUGACCCUAUUCAGUUUGCUAAAGCCAACCAGGCCAUUCAGAUGGCCUGUCAGAAUCUUGUGGACCCAGAUAGCAGCCCAUCCCAGGUGCUCUCAGCUGCCACCAUAGUUGCCAAGCAUACAUCAGCUUUAUGUAAUGCUUGUCGUUUGGCUUCAUCAAAGACAACCAACCCAGUUGCUAAAAGGCACUUUGUCCAGUCAGCCAAGGAGGUGGCCAACAGCACAGCCAAUCUGGUCAAAACCAUUAAGGCUUUAGAUGGGGAUUUCUCUGAAGAGAACAGAAACAGGUGCCGAGUUGCCACAACUCCACUCAUUGAGGCUGUAGAAAACCUAACAACAUUUGCUUCCAACCCUGAGUUUGCCAGCGUCCCUGCUCAGAUCAGCAGUGAGGGUUCUGCAGCUCAGGAGCCUAUCCUCCAGUCGGCACGCUCCAUGCUGGACAGCUCCACUCACCUGCUUAAGACAGCACGAUCUCUGGUCAUAAACCCUAAAGAUCCACCCACCUGGUCUGUUUUAGCUGGACAUUCUCGCACUGUUUCUGAUUCCAUCAAAGGACUCAUUACAGCCAUUCGGGACAAGGCCCCCGGCCAACGGGAGUGUGACUCUUCAAUAGAUAACAUCAACAAAUGUAUCCGGGACAUUGAGCAGGCCUCUCUGGCAGCAGUCAGCCAGAACCUACCCAGCAGGGAUGACAUCUCACUGGAGGCGCUUCAAGAGCAGCUCACAUCCACCGUGCAGGAAAUUGGCCACUUAAUUGACCCCGUUUCCACAGCCGCCAAAGGCGAAGCUUCUCAACUAGGACACAAGGUGACCCAGUUGGCCGGCUACUUUGAUCCCCUCAUAGCUGCUAGUGUGGGGCUAGCCUCUAAGCUUAAAGACCAUCAACAGCAGAUGACCUUUCUGGAUCAAACCAAGACCUUGGCUGAGUCUGCUCUUCAGAUGCUCUAUGCUGCAAAAGAGGGAGGAGGAAACCCAAAGGCUAUCCACACCCACGAUGCCAUAGCAGAGGCAGCACAACUCAUGAAGGAAGCUGUUGAUGACAUUAUGGUGACACUGAAUGAGGCAGCCAGUGAAGUGGGUUUGGUAGGAGGAAUGGUGGAUUCUAUUGCAGAUGCAAUGGCCAAACUUGAUGAAGGUACUCCUCCUGAACCUGAAGGGUCUUUUGUGGAUUAUCAGACCAGCUCAGUGAAAUAUUCCAAAGCUAUAGCUGUUACAGCUCAGGAAAUGAUGGCAAAAUCUGUGACAAGUCCAGAUGAUUUGGGAGCCUUGGCUUCUCAAGUGACAGUGGACUACAGUCAACUGGCUGUUCAGGGCCGCCUAGCUGCUUAUACAGCAGAGCCAGAGGAGAUUGGAUUUCAGAUUAAGACUCGUGUUCAAGACCUGGGACAUGGCUGCAUCUACCUGGUCCAGAAAGCAGGAGCCUUACAGAUCACUCCAUCGGAUGGUUUCACCAAGCGAGAACUUAUAGAAUGUGCUCGAGCAGUCACAGAAAAGGUAUCGCUGGUGCUCUCAGCCCUUCAGGCAGGAAACAAGGGCACACAGGCCUGCAUCACUGCAGCCAGUGCUGUGUCUGGGAUUAUAGCUGACCUGGACACUACAAUCAUGUUUGCAUCUGCAGGGACGCUCAAUGCAGAGAAUGAGGAGUCCUUUGCUGAUCACAGGGAAAACAUUUUGAAGACCGCUAAAGCUCUUGUUGAGGACACAAAGAUGCUAGUGUCUGGUGCUGCCUCCGGACAGGACAAGUUGGCACAAGCAGCCCAGUCGUCAGCCAAAACCAUUACACAGCUCACCGAUGUGAUUAAACUGGGAGCAGCCAGCAUUGGCUCAGAUGACCCAGAGACACAGGUUGUUCUGAUAAACGCUGUGAAAGAUGUUGCAAAGGCUCUGGCUGAGCUCAUUAGUGCCACCAAGUGUGCCGCUGGCAAAGCAGCAGAUGAUCCAUCUAUGUAUCAGCUCAAGAGUGCAGCUAAGGUGAUGGUGACUAAUGUGACAUCUCUGCUGAAAACUGUGAAGGCUGUAGAAGAUGAGGCUACCCGUGGAACCAGGGCACUGGAGGCCACCAUAGAGUGUAUCAAACAAGAACUGGGGGUAUUUCAGUCCAAAGAAGCUCCUAACAAGACGACCACUCCUGAAGAAUUCAUCCGUAUGACAAAGGGCAUUACCAUGGCAACCGCUAAAGCUGUGGCUGCUGGGAACUCUGGUCGCCAGGAGGACAUCAUCCACACUGCUAACCUCAGCCGCAAGGCCAUCUCAGACAUGCUCACUACCUGCAAGCAAGCAGCCUAUAGCCCAGAGGUUAGUGAGGAUGUAAAGAGAAGAGCAUUAACAUUUGGGACAGAGUGCACAACAGGAUACAUUGAACUAUUAGAACAAGUUCUUUUGGUCCUGCUGAAGCCCACAGGAGAUCAAAAGCAACAGCUGGCAGUUUGCUCCAAAAGGGUUGCGGGUGCAGUCACAGAACUCAUCCAAGCAGCAGAAGCCAUGAAAGGCUCAGAGUGGGUGGACCCUGAGGAUCCAACUGUGAUUGCAGAAACUGAAUUGCUUGGAGCAGCUGCAUCCAUUGAAGCUGCAGCUAAGAAGCUGGAGCAGCUCAAACCCAGAGCUAAACCAAAGCAAGCGGAUGAAACUCUAAAUUUUGAGGAGCAGAUUCUGGAGGCAGCUAAAUCCAUUGCUGCAGCCACAAGCGCCCUGGUCAAAUCUGCCUCGGCUGCCCAAAGAGAGCUGGUGGCUCAGGGCAAAGUGGGCUCCAUCCCUGCCAAUGCUGUAGACGAUGGGCAGUGGUCCCAAGGACUGAUUUCUGCUGCACGCAUGGUGGCAGCAGCAACAAGCAACCUGUGUGAAGCUGCUAAUGCUUCGGUGCAAGGCCAUGCCAGUGAAGAGAAGCUCAUCUCCUCAGCCAAACAGGUGGCUGCCUCCACAGCCCAGCUGCUAGUGGCCUGUAAGGUGAAAGCAGACCAGGAUUCUGAGGCCAUGAGGAGAUUACAGAUUGCUGGAAAUGCAGUUAAAAAGGCUUCAGAUAACUUGGUGAGAGCAGCCCAGAAAGCUGCUUUUGACAAGGCAGAUGAAGACAAUGUGGUAGUCAAGACAAAGUUUGUGGGUGGAAUAGCACAGAUUAUUGCUGCCCAGGAGGAGAUGUUACGAAAGGAGAGGGAGCUUGAAGAAGCCAGAAAGAAACUUGCCCAGAUCCGACAGCAACAGUACAAGUUCCUGCCCAGUGAACUACGGGAGGAUGCAGACUAAACCCCAGAGCAGGUGCCUGGCCCAACUGAAGCACAUCUGUGACUGUGUGAAAUCUGGGUCUUUUUACCCAUGCACAUCCACAGCCGAACACUACAAAAACCUAUAUUUCAGAGCAGACUGAGCCCCAUAAGAUGACUACUUACAAGACCCAAAUAUGAUGAUUGUGACAGGAAGACUGAAGAACUGUUUUCAAUGUGUACAGCAAAACUACUUUGACUGAUGCAAUCUCAACCAGAAUGUGAUAGGCCUGGGACAGACACUACAACACCUGUGCCCGCACGUUUGUCCCUGAGCCACACCCUUGAUUGUUGCAGCUGUAAUUUGUAACCUAUUUGAAAAUGAAGAAGUGAUUGUAAUGCAAAUGUCAUGCAAGUCGUUCAACUGCAUCAUAAACUCUCCUUGGUACUGUUAUAGAAUGAAUGCUGGCCAUUAUGCUUAUCUCAUCAUACUCACUCAGUUUAGCACCUUAAUUCCAGUUACAUUUUUUUGUAACCCUGGUAUAAAAAAAAUAUAUACUUUUUUAUAUCUGUGUUACUUGAACCAGUGUGCAGAAUCUGCUGGGCAAACGGUGAUAUUAAAUCGAUUGUUUUUCUUUUAUCUCCUGAUAACAUUGAGCUUUGUCUUAUGAAUGUGCAACCGUUUUUGUUUUUCCAACUCCUUAAUAAUAAGUAAUUUCUAUGUUUUGUUUUCAAAUAACUAAGGGUUUCUGCAUGAGAUGUCAUAACGACUAUUUGAAGGAAUAUUUAUUUCACUUGAGUUUUUUUUUUUUAAACAAAGCUGCAAACAUUGUGUAUUUAGCAUAUUUUUUUGCUUAAUGCACAGACCUAUCAAAUGUUCUUUCACUUCCAGAUGAGGCAGUUAGAUAGUAUUAACAGAAUGUGACGCAAUAACGUAAAUGGUGCAUAAGGGGGCGACAUUGUUUACCCCAUGCAUGGACCUGCAUGGAAUGACUGUGGUAGUUUUAAGGGAAAUGCAAGGAAAAAAAUAUUAAGAACCUUUGCACCUAUUUUGCUGUCACACUGCUCUACUGUUGUUUUUACUUUUCAUGUUUGAUGCACGUGUCUGUCUAUCUUAAGAUUAAAGUUAAAGCAAUACUCAUCAAAUGACAAAAUUUAUUUGAGCUAAAAUACUUUAAAACAUAAGGAUAUAGGACAUAAAAUAUAGCAAUAAUGUUACUUUAAUCAAUAUAAUGUUUUGCUUCAAAAUUACUUAAUUGCAAGACUAUCCAUGUACAUAGUCAUUGCCGAUGUCAUGAGUAUGCCACAUGAUUUCUGCAACUGCAUUUCAGUGCAAUAGAUUAAAAUGUUUUGUUUACACAUGUCACUAUAGGUAUGUUUUGUCAAUUCUCACAUUUUUGACAAACUUAAACAGCAUACAUAGUAUAUGAUAAAAUAGGUCCUGCAGUGAAAAUGAUGCAUGGCUUUGCAGAUCAAAACUACAUCUUAAUCAAGAACACGCUCAUUCUAAUUCAGCCCUUAACAAACCAUCUUAUACAAACAAAGUGGCAAUUACAUUUGUGUGUAAUGUAUUGUAUGUGUCAAGGGGGUGUAGUCUGUAGUGUUGUUCUUAUUAGUGCCUUAGUCUUUAGUCCAUAAUGUGUCUGGUCAACUUGAUUGAUGGGUUCACCUCAUCUCAGUCUCAAAAAGGCACAAGAAGAAAUCUGUUCAAAUGAAUGCCUGAUUUCUGGUCCCUUUUUGUUUCUCUAAGUGCUUAAUGCCUCUAGUUUUACAUCUUUUCCCUUGUUUUUUUUUUUUUUUGUGGGAAUGAUAGAGGUUUGCUAGUAACAAAAUGUGUUUUCUGAAAUAUGAUCUCUAUGGAUACGUAUGUUAAUAUUAUACAGAACACAGUUUUGUACUGCAUUCCAUUGGCAUGCACCACCGUGUCUCUGCACUUAGUGACAGCCUGGGGAUUCUGUCACCUGCUUAAUUAAGUCAGUGUUUUUAAGUCAAUUUCUGGAUGGGCUUGUCCUGUUCUUAAGCCUUUCGGAAAAAUAGAUGUGAUGAGAACAUUUCAGUAAAUGUAUGUAACCAUUAAUGUUGUGGUACAUUUUCGGGAGUAAUUGAAGUGUUCUGUACUCUUAAUGGAUACAUCAUACAGGUAUGAAGUACGACAAUUAAGUGAGAUGUUUAGCUUAAAAUUAUAUUUAUCUGGCCUGUGUAAAACUAUUUUUUGUAUUCGCUGAAAAUAAAGCAUUUCAUUGUAA